UUCCUGUAAACUCCCUUCAUAUUCAGUUUCAUUUCUUACUCUAAAAGGCUGACUCAGUUUAAAGAGCUGUGCAGAUGAUUCCUCAGCACAGCAAAACAUUGUUCGUUCACUGAGGUCUUCCCAAAAAAAGAUGGAGGAGAUAUCACUGAGGCCGUACCAGCAGGAGGUGGUGCAGGCAGCUCUGAGAGGAGAGAACAGCAUCAUCUGGCUGCCAACAGGUGGAGGAAAGACUCGCGCUGCUGUCUAUGUGGCCAAGAGGCACCUAGAGACUCAUCCUAACCCCAAAGUGGCUGUUCUCGUCAACAAGGUGCACCUGGUGGAUCAGCACUUUCAGAAUGAGUUCCAGCCCUACCUGGGGAGCUCGGUGAAGAUGGUGCCAAUCAGCGGCGACAAUAGCGAGAAAGACUUUUUCGGCUGCGUGGUGAGGGACUCGAGCCUGGUCAUUUGCACAGCUCAAAUCUUGGAGAAUGCCCUAAUAAACACGGAGGAGGGCAAGCAUGUGGAGCUCACAGACUUUACACUGCUGAUCAUUGACGAAUGCCAUCAUACUCAUAAGGAUGCGGUGUAUAAUAAAAUCAUGGCACGCUACGUGAAAAAGAAGAUGAAAGGAGAGAAAGGUCUGCCUCAGAUCCUGGGCCUUACAGCCUCACCCGGUACCGGAGGAGCCAGAACACUGGAGGGUGCCAUUGCUCAUGUUUUGGAGAUCUGCGCGAACCUGGAUUCUGUUAUCGUGUCAACUAAACAUGAAACCCCAGGGCUUAAAAAAGCUGUCCCCAGACCCACGAAGAACUAUGACAUCGUGGAUGUGCGCCACUGGGACCCUUUUGGCAAUCAUCUGAAGAUGAUGAUGAAGCUGAUUCAUGAAUUCAUGAUGUUAGACAUAAAAUUACCUCUGCGAGAGAUCGGCACUCAGGAGUACGAAGCCGAUGUCGUCGAGCUGGAAAAGAAAGGUGUAUCGGAGAAGAACAGGUUGUUGUCACGUUGUGCUCUCCACCUGCGGAAAUUUAACGAUGCCCUGCUCAUUAACGAUACUGUACGCAUGGUGGAUGCUCUCAGGCUUCUGGAGGAGUUCUACUCCAAAGAGACGACCAAUGUGCUGGAUGUCACCGAUGAGUUCCUCACAGGACUCUUUAAUGAGAACCGAGUGGAGCUGAAGCAACUUGCGUCCGACGCAUUGAAUGAGAAUCCAAAACUGGAGCGACUGCAGCGCACCCUGGUGGAGCAGUUCCGAGAAAAGAACUCGCGUGGUAUCAUUUUCGCCAAAACCCGUGAGAUCACACGCUGCCUGUACGACUGGGUGUGUGCAAAUCCAGCUCUGCAGCGUGCUAACAUCCGGGCUGCUAAUCUGGUUGGGGCAGGAACCGGAGCCACCCACAUGACCCAGAGGGAGCAAAAAGAAACGAUUCGGACAUUCCGAAAAGGAGACCUCAACCUCCUCAUCUCGACCAGCGUGGCCGAGGAAGGCCUCGACAUCCCAGAAUGCAACGUGGUGAUCCGCUACGGGCUUCUCACCAACGAGAUUGCACAGCAGCAGGCCAGCGGGCGAGCCCGAGCCAGCAACAGCGUUUAUUCUGUGGUGGCAGAAAUAGGGAGCCGGGAGAUGCACAAAGAAAAGACCAAUGAAUAUCUGGAGCAGUUAACUGGCAGAGCGGUCGCUCACGUGCAGAAUAUGGAGUCUAGACAAUUCCGCAUGAAGAUUUUCGAACUGCAGCAGGAGGCAGUGAUGUCACGCGUUCUGGAAGCUACGCAGAGGAAGGAGAAGAGGCUCAAGUACAACUCUGCUGAGGUGGAGUUCGAGUGCCGGGGCUGCUUCAAAUCGGUCGCUCGUGGAGAUGACAUUAGAAUCGUGAACGAUUCGCAGCACGUCAACAUCAACCCUGAAUUUGAGAGGUUCUAUAAGACUGGAGGGCAAAUUUAUCUGGAACGGACGUUUGAAGAUUGGGAGCCCGGUUGUAAGAUCAGCUGUGCUGUAUGUGGACAGGAUUGGGGGAUGGAGGUGAAGUUCAAAAAGGUGGUGUUGCCAUGUCUGAGAAUAAAAGGCUUUUCGAUGAAGACACCUCAGAGUAUCCGCCCGGGCAAAAAGUGGAAGGACAUCGAGUUCCCGGUGAAGGAGUUUGACUUCGUUCAGUAUGUGAAACAACGCUACCCUGACCUCGAUCUGGACUGAGUGUCUUUUAAUCAUCCACCUUCCCUUCGAACAACGGGUUUUUCCACACAUAGCAUUCACACUGAAAUCUCCAUUGCUUCAUUUUGGCCAUCAGAUGUCGCUGUUGUGCAAAAGAACAUUCCAAGCUUUUCAAACAUCAGGUUCUCACAGUGUUUGUCAAAUCACACUCCUGCACUCAAUAGGUAUCAUGAUAGUUGAGACAUUUAGUGUACUAGCAUGGGGCUUUGAGAUGCCGCAAGUGUCUUUGGGGAGCGAAUACACUAAUGCACUUGAAGCCUGAUUGCCUGAUUAAUUCAAAUUUAUGCUGAUAAAUGUGCAUUCAAAUGCUUGCCAUCAUGAAAAGCUCAUGGCUUGCGACGCUCCAACUUUCACCCAGACUCGAAUGCUGGGUGACUGGAAAUGACCUUUGACCCUUGCACUUUUAAAAGAGGCUGCUCUAGACCUUUUCAUCGACUUUUCAUGUACACUUUGAAUUAUAUGCAUCAUGCCUCAUUAUAUUUGCACAUUUCUUUUUCUUUGCUGCUGUAACGGAAAUUUCCGCACUGUGGGACAUAUAAAGAUAUCUUAUCUUAUGAACUUUUACUAUGAACUGUGUAUAUCCGAAUAAAGAAUACAUGCUAAUAAUA